AUGGCAGCUAUCACGCGCAUAUUGUCCUACGCGGUCAAUAAACCCUAUCGAUCACAAGAUAUUCGCUACGAACCCCACCCUUACCUCAACGGAGAUGGAUAUGUCGACUUCGCCCCCGGCGACAUCGAGAACCCUCGCAACUGGUCGAUGACUCGCCGUGUUGCCAUCACCAUAACUGCCAUUUUACUCGUCGUGAAUGCCACAUUCGCCUCAAGCUCUCCCAGUGGCUGUUUUGGCUCCAUCUCCGAACAGUUCGGCGUGUCGACCGAGGUAGCAGGUCUCACAAUCACACUUUUCCUGCUCGGUUACUGCGCCGGUCCCCUCAUCUUCGCUCCGCUCAGUGAGUUCUAUGGCCGUCGGUGGAUUUUUUACAUCAGUUUCGCGCUUUAUCUCGCGUUCAACUUCCUAUGCGCUUUCGCACCCAAUCUGGGUGCCCUGCUAGUGGGUAGGUUCCUCACAGGGACUUUUGUCUCCGCUCCUUUGAGCAACGCCCCAGGAGUCCUCGCGGAUCUAUGGGAUCCGCUACAGCGCGCCAACGCCAUGGCCGGCUUCGCGGCAAUGGUGUACGUCGGACCAGCCCUUGGACCAGUUAUCGCUGGCUUUCUCGAGCUGAAGGAGGAUUGGCGGUGGAGCUUUUAUGUGCUGCUCUGGCUUGGUGGAGUAACGGCUAUCGUGAUGUUGACCAUCCCGGAGACAUAUGCACCGACAGUUUUGUACAACAAGGCGAAGCGAAUUCGAAUGGCAAAGAUUCCUGGGUACGAGAAUGUGAAAGCUCAAGCCGAGAACAGCGAUCGGACGCUUGCUGGCAUCUAUAAGUUGGCGCUGACGCGGCCAUGGAUUAUUCUUUUCGACCCGAUUUCUCUACUAUGCGCCAUCUACAUGGCAGUCGUCUAUGCCUUGCUCUACAUGCUUUUCAGCAUCUAUCCUAUUGUGUUCCAAGAGAAGCGCGGGUGGAACUCGGGUGUGGGCGAGUUGCCUUUGAUUGGCACCGUUGUCGGCGCGCUAAUCGGUGGCCUUAUUGUUUUGGUUGACACUCGGCUCCGCCAGCGACAGAUUGAGAGGGGUGAGAAGAAAAUGGAAGAUACCGUUCCUGAGGAUCGAUUAACCCUAGCGAUGAUUGGCGGCAUUGGCUUUCCCGCAACCAUGUUCUGGUUUGCAUGGUCGGCUGAAUAUAACUAUGUCCACUGGAUCGUUCCCACUCUCGCUGGGUGCUUUCUCUCGAGCUCCCUGCUUCUCAUCUUUGUCGCAUAUUUGAACUACCUUGUGGAUUGUUAUCUGAUGUACGCUGCCUCUGCCAUUGCUGCAAACACCAUUGCCCGCUCGGCCUGCGGCGCUGCUGCACCCCUUUUCACCAACCAGAUGUUCUCCGCACUGGGUGUUGGAGGUGGAGGAAGUCUCAUCGGUGGCGUAGCUGCCCUGCUAGUGUGCAUUCCUUUCCUCUUCGACAAGUAUGGAAAGCAGAUCAGAAUCCGAAGCCGAUUUGCGCCGGCGCCGGAUGCUCGCGUGCAAGGAAAAUCGGAUGAGGAGGCUGGUCCCCGGGAUGAGGGUAUCCGAGGUCCUGUGUCGCAAUUCAAUGAGAGUGAUGAAGUAGAGAGAGGAGAAAAGAAUUGAGGAAACCCAGGAUUGAAGUAAAUAUGUUUUAUGGAAUACCGCUUGCCGCCACCUCAGUAACUACCACCAAUAGAUAUUCAGGUUUCAGAAAAUGAACAACAAAACUCCGC